CGCACCCUGCGUUGCCAUGGCGACGCGCAUAUAAGCGUGCGCCGGCGCCGUCCCGCACAGUACGCGACGCUAGCCCGUACGCACACGGUAUAGCUUAAGCUUUGUGAAGCAGCACCAACAUGAUGCUACGUUUGUCAACUUUUAUUGCGUUACUGGCUGUUACAUUGGCCCAAACCGGCUACGAAUACAACAAACCGAACCAACCGUUUGGACCGGGCACUACGCCGAACCGACCCGGUUUCCCUGGAACCGGUGGGACCUCUGGCGGCUACCCCAGCUCUCCGACUGCACCAUCUUCCCCCAGCGGACCUCAGCGUGACGAGUACCCCAGCACUGCAGGCGGGUCUACCCCGGGCUUCCCUUCUGGAUCUCCUAGCUACCCUUCUGGCCCUAAUCAAGGCUUUCCAGGCUCUAGCCAACAACCAGGACAACCUGGACAGUCCAGACCGCAAGGUGGAGCCGGAUUUCAGCCUACUUUCCCAUCUGGGCCACAGAACGUUCCGGGGCAGCCCGGCGCGGGACCCUCUGGAACCGGUUUCGGCUCUGACACUGGCGUCUAUGAGGGUGGAGACUACUCUGCUAUCCCCGGCGAACCAGACAGGGACUACCCCAUCCUUACCGAGAUCCCUCAGACGUCCUUCAGAUGCGAUGCUCAGGCUUAUCCGGGGUACUACGCCGAUGUCGAGGCCCGCUGCCAAGUCUUCCACGUGUGCGCCAACAACAGAACCUAUGAUUUCCUCUGCCCCAACGGAACCAUCUUCUCCCAGCAAGUCUUCGUCUGCGUUUGGUGGAAUCAGUUCGACUGCAACUCUGCCCCUGGUCUAUACGAGUUGAACGCAAAUCUCUACCAAGAAUCCCCAAGACCCGGUUCUGCUCAACAAGACUACACUCUGCAAGGUCCCUCAGCUUCCUACCCUGGUAGCAUUGGUCCUCAAGGUCCUUCCUCUUCUUACCCUGGCGGCAACGCUCAGCAAGGUCCUUCGUCAUCUUAUCCAGGUAGCAAUACCCCUCAAGGUCCUUCAUCUUCUUAUCCCGGCGGCAACGCUCCUCAAGGCACACCAUCCUACCCUGGCAACACUCCCCAAAGGCCUUCCUCAUCCUUUCCCGGUACCCCGCAAGGGCCUUCGCCGACGUACCCUGGUAGUUCAGGACCACAAGGUCCUUCGUCCUCUUAUCCCGGGAGCGCGGGUCCAUCUUCUGGUUUCCCAGGCUCUAGCAGUCCGCAGGGACCCACGUCAUCCUACCCAGGAUCGCAAACUGCGUCGGGUUACCCUGGCUCUUCUACUGGAACCUUCCAAGGGUAUCCCUCGGGGGCACCUACCGGUCCGAGCUUCCCCACCGGUGGAAACACCGGCAGACCACAGAGUCCCUCCAACGACAACUACCCAAAACCACCCAACAGAGAGUACCUGCCACCUAGAAAUUGAGCCAUCCCGAUCUAUUGGUAACACAAUGUACCUAUCUAGAUAGAAAGACUUGGAGCUGUUAAGUUACUUUUAACUGUAGUCGCGUUGUGAAAACUACGUAAGUAGUAGUUGCCAUAAUGUUGUAUUUUUGUAGCCAGCCAGUAUUCUGAAGAUUAACGUCAUUGACACACACCUA